AUGAGGCCGCUGCUGCUCGCGAGCGGCCUCCUCGGCACUGUGGCCGCGCCGCCUCCGCGGGUGAUCCUCGUUGUCGUCGCGGACGACUACGGCUGGUGGAACGUCGACAUGGACGCCCACAACGCGGCGGCGAGGACGCCGAACCUGCACAGGCUAUCGAAGUCUGGGGUGAGACUGGACCGGCACUACGUGUUCAAGUACUGCUCGCCGACGCGGUCCUCAUUGCUGACCGGCCGCCUGCCCAUUCACGUGAAUCAGAACAACAACGCGAAUUCGCUCCUGUCUACCUCCGGCGCAGACAUUCGCAUGACCACGCUGCCGCAGAAGUUGAAGCAGGCCGAUCCGCCAUUCCAGACGCACCUGUUCGGAAAGUGGCAUUCUGGUGCACGAUCGGUUGCGAACCUCCCGAUCAAUCGCGGUUACGAUUCGCACUUGGGAUUCUUAAAGGGUAUGGAGGACCAUUACACCCAGAAGUCGGAUUUCGACGGCUACUCGCACAAGUAUGUGGAUCUGUGGCGCGACCACGGCCCCGCCGAUAGCAGCCUCAAUGGCACCUUCUCCGUAUUCAGGGACACGCAACACGCAAUUGCUGCACUAGACAGGUGGGACCCACAAUCGUCUGGCCAGUCCCUGUACCUGGACGUGCGCUUCGGUGUGACGCAUGAGCCGUAUCAGGUGCCCAGCCAGUACCGCGACCCCAGCAUCAAGAACAGGUGCGCCCAGACAUAUGCUGCAAUGGCCAGCAUCAUGGACGAGGGCAUCGGAAACCUCACUUCGGCCAUCCAGCAGCGAGGCUUUUGGGACGACACGGUGCUGAUUUUCUCAGCGGACAACGGCGCCCCCACCAGGGGCGCCAGCUGUGGCAACAACUACCCCCUGCGCGGCGGCAAGACGAGCGAUUUCGAGGGCGGCGUCCGCGUCACUGCAUUCGUGGGCGGCGGCUACGUGCCCCCUGGCGUUCGGGGCAAGGUGCACACAGGCUUGAUGCACAUCGCCGAUUGGUACGCGACGCUCUCGGCGCUUGUGGGGGUGGACCCUGUCGACGACUCGCAGCGGAUCCAGAAUGGGUCUCCUGGGAGUGGCGUCCCAGGGAUCGACGGUGUAGAUCAGUGGCCCUUCAUCACGUCGCCGAACGCCAGCGCGUCUGCGAGAGACGAGAUCGCAUUGGCAUUUUGCACGAACGUCGGUGGCGCCCCUGACGAUUGCGUAUCGUCGACCAAAGGUGUUAUGGAUACCUCAAAGUAUGACCAGGGAGCCCUCAUUGCGGACGGCGGGCGCUGGAAAGUGGUUUUCGGGCAGCAGCACGGUCUGGGGUUCUUCACUGGACCGCUGCAUCCAAACGGCACCAAGAAUUACAUGGACGCCGGUUGUCCUUCGGGUUGCCUCUUCAAUCUUUUCGAUGAUCCGACAGAGCACACCGAUGUCAAGGAGAAGUAUCCGCACGUCUUCUCCAGGCUCAAGUCGCGCCUGGAGGAAAUCGGGAAGACGGUGUUCCAGACGAGCUACACCGAUGUGCCGCAGAGCAGACAGUGUCUCUCUGAGAGCGAUGCCGCUGCCAAGUACAACGGGCACUUGGGCCCACAGUGUGUCGCUGACGGAUCCGGUUCUGCGCCUGUCCGACUCGUAUGACGGAGCGCACGGCCGGACGGCAGCGACGCGUGCGGCAGUUUUUUUCUGCGGUCUGUUCCGUCCAUAAUAUAAAUAUGUGGGGUUCCUCGGUAGCGUCAUUGAACUUGUUUUUAAUCACAUGUGCUGAGCGAGCCUUCCCGCAUCGCUCCUCGCUAUUCGCAUGCUCCGCGCUAGCUUGACGAGACCCGUCGAGCGUAGGGGAACCCUUCCUACUGAUAGCGCGUCGAGUAAUAAGGAGUAGCGGGUCGAAUUGUAGGCACCAGCGGCCCACUUUCGGAACGUGGUUGUCCGGGGAAGUCGUGCGCCGC